ACAAAUCCUAGUUUCAGUUUCUCAUACUCCCUUCUUUUAGAGAUUCAAUUUUAUCUCUCUUAUCUACAUAUAAUUGAAAUAGUCUCCGAUUCUUUAGAUUUAUUCAUCAUCAUAAUCGUCAUCUGAGAAAUGGCCGGAAAAGGUGAAGGUCCUGCGAUCGGAAUCGAUCUCGGAACGACUUACUCCUGUGUUGGUGUUUGGCAACACGAUCGUGUGGAGAUCAUAGCCAAUGAUCAGGGCAAUAGAACGACGCCGUCUUAUGUUGGCUUCACCGACAGCGAGCGUCUCAUCGGCGAUGCUGCCAAGAAUCAAGUCGCCAUGAAUCCUAUUAACACUGUUUUCGAUGCAAAGCGAUUGAUUGGUAGGAGAUUCAGUGAUGCAUCUGUACAAGGUGACAUGAAACUCUGGCCAUUCAAGGUAAUUCCUGGUCCUGGCGACAAACCCAUGAUUGUGGUCAACUACAAAGGUGAGGAAAAGCAGUUUGCUGCGGAGGAGAUCUCCUCCAUGGUCCUCACAAAGAUGAGAGAGAUUGCCGAGGCCUACCUUGGAUCGACAGUGAAGAACGCUGUGGUCACUGUCCCAGCCUACUUCAAUGAUUCUCAGCGUCAGGCUACAAAGGACGCCGGAGUCAUUUCUGGCCUCAAUGUCAUGCGUAUAAUCAAUGAGCCAACUGCUGCUGCCAUUGCUUAUGGUUUGGACAAGAAGGCUACUAGCGUUGGUGAAAAGAAUGUGCUUAUUUUUGAUCUGGGUGGUGGUACUUUUGAUGUCUCUCUUCUUACAAUUGAAGAGGGUAUUUUUGAAGUGAAGGCCACUGCUGGUGAUACUCACCUUGGAGGUGAGGAUUUUGAUAACAGAAUGGUGAACCAUUUUGUUCAGGAGUUCAAGAGAAAGAACAAGAAGGACAUCAGUGGAAACCCCAGAGCUCUGAGGAGGUUGAGGACUUCUUGUGAGAGGGCUAAGAGGACCCUCUCAUCCACUGCUCAGACCACCAUUGAGAUUGAUUCUUUGUUUGAGGGUGUUGAUUUUUACUCAACCAUUACGCGUGCCAGAUUUGAGGAGCUUAACAUGGAUCUCUUCAGGAAAUGUAUGGAGCCUGUUGAGAAGUGUUUGAGGGAUGCCAAGAUGGACAAGAGCAGUGUCCAUGAUGUGGUUCUUGUUGGUGGGUCUACCAGAAUUCCCAAGGUGCAGCAACUUCUGCAGGACUUCUUUAACGGGAAGGAGCUUUGCAAGAGCAUUAAUCCAGAUGAAGCCGUUGCCUAUGGGGCUGCUGUUCAAGCUGCUAUUUUGAGUGGUGAGGGUAAUGAGAAGGUUCAGGACCUAUUGCUAUUGGAUGUUACUCCUCUGUCUCUUGGUUUGGAGACUGCUGGAGGUGUAAUGACUGUUUUGAUUCCAAGAAACACCACUAUACCGACCAAGAAGGAGCAGGUGUUCUCUACAUACUCGGACAAUCAGCCUGGAGUGUUGAUUCAAGUGUACGAGGGUGAGAGGACAAGAACAAGGGACAACAACUUGCUUGGUAAAUUUGAGCUUUCUGGCAUUCCCCCUGCUCCCCGAGGUGUACCCCAGAUCACUGUCUGUUUCGACAUGGAUGCAAAUGGUAUAUUGAAUAUAUCUGCUGAGGAUAAGACCACUGGCCAAAAGAACAAGAUCACAAUCACCAAUGAUAAGGGAAGACUCUCCAAGGAAGAGAUAGAGAAGAUGGUGCAGGAGGCCGAGAAGUACAAGUCCGAGGACGAGGAGCACAAGAAGAAGGUCGAAGCCAAGAACUCGUUGGAAAACUAUGCCUACAAUAUGAGGAACACCAUCAAAGACGACAAGAUCAGUUCCAAGCUCCCAGCAGCCGACAAGAAGAAGAUCGAAGAUGCCAUUGAGGAGGCAAUUCAGUGGUUGGACAGUAAUCAACUUGCUGAGGCAGACGAAUUUGAGGACAAAAUGAAGGAGCUUGAGAGUGUCUGCAACCCUAUCAUUGCAAAAAUGUACCAGGGUGAAGGUGGCCCUGACAUGGCCGGUGGCAUGGAUGAUGAUGCUCAUUCAUCAGCAGGUGCUGGUGGUGCAGGUCCCAAGAUUGAGGAAGUCGACUAA